GUGACGGGCGUCAACAUGGGCUGCUCGUCGACUUGAGAAGAAGAAGAAGAAGAAGAAGAGCGCCGGCGGAUGGACCAGUCGUUGUGGGAGUGACAUCCGGUCGCCUCUCCUCUGCUGCCCUUUAUGACCUUGGAAAACGCCACCUUCGGAACAUCCGGUGGCCGGCUGGCGUAUCCCAUUUCCUUUUGAGGAGCCUCCCCCUCCUCCGCCGCCCUCGCCCCGAUUCCAGCAUCGUCGUCCGCUCUCGCCAUGGAGUCCAACCAAGUCCAGUCGGAGGGCGGCCUCAACGUCACGCUCACCAUCCGCCUCCUCAUGCACGGAAAAGAAGUCGGAAGCAUAAUUGGAAAGAAAGGAGAAACGGUGAAAAAAAUGCGCGAAGAGAGUGGCGCGCGAAUCAACAUCUCCGAAGGCAACUGCCCGGAAAGGAUCGUCACCAUUACCGGACCGACGGACACGAUCUUCAAGGCUUUUGCCAUGAUUGCCUACAAAUUUGAGGAGGAUAUCAUCAAUUCCAUGAGCAACAGCCCGGCAACCAGCAAGCCUCCGGUCACCUUACGGCUCGUCGUGCCAGCCAGCCAGUGCGGCUCCCUCAUCGGAAAAGGAGGUUCCAAAAUCAAAGAAAUGAGAGAGUCCACAGGGGCUCAGGUUCAGGUGGCGGGGGACAUGCUCCCCAACUCCACAGAGCGCGCCGUGACAAUCUCCGGGACCCCGGAAGCCAUCAUCCAGUGUGUCAAACAGAUAUGUGUCGUCAUGCUGGAGUCGCCGCCCAAAGGUGCCACGAUUCCUUAUCGCCCCAAGCCUGCUUCCACCCCUGUCAUUUUUUCAGGGGGCCAGGCCUACACCAUUCAGGGACAGUAUGCCAUUCCACACCCAGAUCAGCUGACCAAGCUCCACCAGCUGGCUAUGCAGCAACAAACCCCCUUUACCCCUCUCGGACAGACCACCCCCGCUUUCCCCGGUUUGGAUGCCGGUCCAGCAGCCAGCACCCAUGAGCUCACCAUUCCUAAUGAUCUCAUAGGCUGCAUCAUCGGGCGUCAAGGAACCAAAAUCAACGAGAUCCGACAGAUGUCAGGGGCCCAGAUCAAAAUCGCAAAUGCCACGGAAGGCUCGUCCGAGCGCCAGAUCACCAUCAGCGGGACGCCGGCGAACAUCAGCCUGGCCCAGUAUCUCAUCAACGCCAGGUUGACAUCGGAAGUCACCGGAAUGGCCGCACUCUAAUUUGCACCCACCUGGCCAUCGCGUGACUCACCUUGAGAUGCACCCGUCGACCGGCUCCUCUGUAUUAGCUCGUCUUGAUAUUUCCAGUGAGUGAUGUUCCAACGUUUGCCGUCGACGCCGCUCGACUCGACUCCUCUUUUCUUUCUAUCGCCACUUGAGGAUGACAAGAUUCACGGCCGCGAUCCCUUUUGCCUUGGAUUUCACCUUUUUUUCUUCUUGACGUGCACAAAGAGCCGUUUGCGGUUUGAGAGCUUUUAUUCGCUCUUUUCCUUUCUGGAUUUGCAUUCAAAAAUGAUUUGAUAGUGCGUAGCUGCAGAUUUAUUUUUUCUUUUUAUAUUGAAUGGUUAUUGUGUUGUAGCCGUGCACUUUUUCAAGAGGUCGCUUUGCCUCGCGACACAACGGCAGAGAGAAAUCUCGGCGCACGUCGACAAGAGCCAUUUUGUUCAGCCAAGAACACAAAACAACACCGAGUCGUGUUGCGGAUG